AUGGCACACCGAAAUUUUUUUGAAGCUGUUGAUCGGUCAUUAAGAGAUAUAUUACGUUUUUCUAACUCAAAUAGUGGGGAGACACCUUUUGGAGGAAAAACAAUUGUUCUUGGUGGUGAUUUCCGACAAAUCUUACCAGUGGUAUCUAAAGGACAAAGAGAACAAAUAGUUGAGGCAUCAAUUAACAAGUCUUCAUUAUGGAACAGUUGCAACGUUUUCAUUCUAACAAUAAUUAUGAGGUUGACACAAAACCCAGGUGAUAUUGCAGCAAGGGAAUUUGCUAAAUGGAUAUUGAAAAUUGGUGAUGGUGAACUUAGUAAUAAUGAUUGUGAAGCAUUGGUUAAAAUACUACAUGAUUUACUAAUUCAACCUGGUGUUCAUCCUUUCAACGAUAUUGUAAAUGCUACCUAUCCUAACUUCAAUACAAAAUUCAACGAUUCCAAGUAUUUAGAAGAGAGAGCAAUUUUAGCUCCAACAAAUGAAGUAGUUGAAGACAUAAAUGGUUACAUGAUUGAUCUUUUUAAUGUUGAUGAAGAGACAUAUAUUAGUGAAGAUUCAUUAUGUAAAGCUUCAAGCAACAUUCUAGACCAAAAUGUCAUGUAUCCAAUAGAGUUCCUCAAUUCAUUGAAGUUCCUUGAGACAACAAACUUGACAGAGCACCCAACUCAGGGCCAGCAAGAACUGGUCUCAAUCUAUCAGAAACCACAACUGCUUGGGUAUUCUUUGCUUAGGGAUGCCCAGUACAAGAAAGGACUUACCAAUGCUUUGGUCAUUCAGUUGACUCCUUGCUUCCAGUUUGUACUUGCUAUCAUGCUAGCAAAACAGGGGUUUCAACCGAUUUUACCUAUUAUUGGAUUUGAACCAAUGACUUACUGCUUACUAUUCAAGGGGGGGCGGAGCACUAAGAAAGAGGAAGCGUUAUCACUAUUCGAAAUGGUGCAACAGCUAGCAUGCUAA